UUAUAAAGUUUUGGGCUUUAUAUGAAUAUUUGUAAGUAAAGUUUUUUGCUUUGAUCUCAUUGACUGUAUUUUAUAGCUAUAAUAGAAUUUAAAUUAACAUAAUAAGGGUGUUAUAAGUGAAAUUUAAUUAUUUGGGUUUUAUGAUUUAUAGUCUAAAGAAGGUUUAAGUAUUGAUCUUGGAUAGGAAUUGAAUAUAUGAUGUUAGAUAUAUUGAGUUUCAAGAAUUUAGUUCAUAGUUCUUGAUAAUCUUUAGGUUUUAGUUGAAUUUAGUUGGAUUAGAUUUGAAUUCAAGAGUUUCAAUUAGAGUCACCAGCUAUUUGUUAGGGAUUUUAAGAGCAAGGAGUGAAGUUUUUUCGGUUUGCCAAUGGGGAAACAAUCAAGAAAAAACAAAAAAGUAGGAUCAAAAUCGGUAGAUAAUAGUAUUGUUGAUAUAAGGGAAAACAAACUUGAUGAUGGUAUUGAUAAUAAUACAAAGAUGUAUGAUAACGACAUUGCUGUUUUCAUUUCAAUGGCUCAACAACUUAGGGAAGAAGGGAAUAAGUUGUUUCAAACUAAAGAUUAUGAUAGUGCGAUAUUAAAGUAUCAAAAAGCCCUCAAAUUGCUUCCCGGAAACCAUAUAGACGUUUCUUAUCUUCAUAGUAACAUUGCAGCCUGUUAUAUGCAAAUGGGUAUUAGUGAUCUUCCUAGGGCCAUUCAUGAGUGUAAUUUGGCUCUUGAAGUUACACCUAAGUAUACUAAAGCACUAUUGAAAAGAGCUAGGUGUUAUGAAGCCUUAAAUCGGCUUGAUUUGGCUUUAAGAGAUGCUAAUAUGGUUUUAAAUAUAGAACCGAAUAAUCUCAUGGCAACCGAGAUUGUAGACAGAGUGGAAGCAUGUAUAGAGGAUAAGGUGAUUGAAGAAAAGAAUAAUAAGAUUCAACGAGAAAUGGAUGAUAUUCAAAUCCCGGAGCCACUGAAUGAGAAGUUAGAUAAAAAGAAAAUGAAAAAAACUGAUAAGAAAAUGAAAAAACUUGACCGUGUUUUGAAAGAGUACAAAGAUUCUGAGAAGGAUGAGAAAAGCCCCGAAGAAGAUAAGUUGGUCGUGGAGGAGCAAAUAAGUGCGAGUAGUACCAACGAAGAAGAACCGAAACGGGUUGUUAAAUUGGUUUAUGGGGAAGAUAUUAGAUGGGCAAAAAUUCCUUUCAAUUGUGACAUAUUGAGAUUAAGAGAAACAAUAAGCGAUCGAUUUCCAGUUUCGAAGGCUGUGCUUGUAAAAUACAAAGAUGAAGAAGGCGAUAUGAUUACAAUUACCACAAAGGAAGAACUCAUUUGGGCCGAAUCAUCAAUUUCUGAUCAACGGGGUGCAUUUAGGCUGUACAUAGUUGAAGUCAACCCUGAGCAAGACCCUUUCUUUGAAUAUAUUAGAAGCCGAGAACAAAAACAUAAGCUUUUCAGUUCAUCUGCUUGUAUUGAUGAUUGGAUACUUGAGUUUGCUAAUCUUUUCAAGAACUAUGUUGGGUUCAAUAGUGAUGAAUAUUUGGAUCUUCAUGAGGUCGGUAUGAAGUUAUAUUCGGAAGCUAUGGAAGAUACUGUAACUAGUAAUGCUGCUCAAGAAAAGUUUCAAGUUGCCGCUGAUAAGUUUCAAGAAAUGGCAGCUUUGGCUUUGUUUAAUUGGGGAAAUGUUCAUAUGUCAAGAGCACAGAAAAGGGUUUACUAUUCAGAGAACGGUUCAAAAGAAUCUAUACUUUUAAAGGUUAAAGAUUCAUAUGAGUCUGCUCAAACUGAAUAUCUAAAAGCCAGUGAUCUGUACAAAGAAGCAACCAACAUCAAACCUGAUUUCUAUGAAGGGUUUCUGGCUUUAGGACAGCAACAAUAUGAACAAGCAAAACUUUAUUGGUAUUAUGCACUUGGGACAAACAUUAAUCUUGAAAUGUGGGAUUCAAAAGAGACGGUUUUUCAACUAUAUAAUGAGGCUGAAGAUAAUAUGGAAAAGGGUAUGAAAAUUUGGGAGAAAAUAGAGAAAGCGCGCGUAGAUGGAAUUUUGAGGCCUAAUAAACUGAAGUUAGAGUUAAAGAAGACGGAAUUGGGUCCAUUUAUGAAAGACGUUACACAAGAUGAAGUGGCUGAGCAGGCCGCAAGUAUGAGAUCUCGGAUGAAUGUUUUGUGGGGCAAGAUGUUGUAUGAAAGAUCGAUUAUGGAAUAUAAGCUUGGCAUUACUGUUUGGCAUGAAUGUUUAGAGAUUGCUAUUGAAAAGUUUGAACUUGCUGGAACUUCUCAUACACAUAUUGCUGUCAUGCUAAAGAAUCAUUGCUCUAAUGAUGCAGCACCAGAAGGUGUGGGCUUCAAUAUAGACGAGAUUGUACAGGCAUGGAAUGAAAUGUAUGAAGAAAAAAUUUGGCAAACUGGUGUUCCUUCUUUCAGAUUAGAGCCUUUACUUCGAAGACGAGUUUCUAAUAUUUUCCAUGCCUUAGAACAUGCAUGAAAGUAACUGUUUCACGAUGAAAUGGAAAAGAGAAGUUCUGGUGCAGCUCUAUUGCUCUCCAAUUCUUGAUUCGGACAGGUUUUGCAGCUUCAAACUCGGCAUCAUGUUCCCAGAAUUGGACACGACUUAGAAUUAACGAAAGAUUCUAUUGGAUGCCUCCUAGAAUUCUGACACGUGACAAAUCAACGACCCCUCCCACAAAUCGUGCAUCAGCUUCCUGAUUCUUGCUUUGCCCUCUACUAACUUAUGACACUUAUUUUUACAAGUGAGCACAUAUUUAUCUCAUUUUGGGUGUACUGAAGUGUGCCUUUCUUUGGUUAUGUAAUUUGUUUCUCAUCAUCUAUUUUAUUUUAUUUGUUUGGACAUUAAGAUUGAAAUUUAUUGAACAAGAUACCAUAAAUGUAUGUUCUUUCAGUAUUCAUCGGAUAUAAAUCGCUAUUUGUUUGUGUUA